GCACUAGUCUCAAAACCCCCCUCACCCAAGUAACCUCUCCUUCACGUCCUUAACCCCCUCCAAAGUUAUCAGCGAACAACACCGAGAAUGAGCGAUCACCAAGAUGCGGACCCUCCACACAAAGAUCCGCCAGGUAUCACUGCAGCUAAGCCUGGUACACGAAAGAAAAUUCGACCCACAUAUUCAUGUUUAAAUUGUCACAAACGCAAAGUCAAGUGCGACCGAGUCAAGCCAUGCGGAGCAUGUUGUCUACGGGGAACACCCUCCGAAUGCGAAUAUGGCACCAGCAAGCGGGACCGCCAUUAUAUCCAGCAAUCCACACUGAUCGAAAACCUAGUGGAAACUUGCGAGUCCUUGAAAGAGCAGCUCGCGGAGGCCCGAAAGCUUGCCAACCUCCCGCCAAUUAAAUAUGAGGAUGUCGCGUCGGGGGAACGCUCGAUCUAUCAGAUUAAGCGGAUCGAUGAGGAGAAGGCUCUGGAAGGUGACGACGACCUUGCAGACAACCAUACGAGCCGCCAGGAACAAAGUUCUUCGGAUACAACACCCGAUGUUGAGACUUCCGUCGAGCUAUCAAGACAAACCAAGGAGUCUUCCCCACCGAUGUUGAAAGAAAAGAAACAUUUGGUUGACCCAACGCUGGCCGGCUCGGUGAUGGAAUUAUUUGUCGAGCGUCUGAUAACUACCUUCAGUCCGGCAGAUCACACCAAAUAUGGCGGAACCAUCGCCCUGCGCGAAGCCUCAGAGAUGCGAGUCUUUUCUCCCUUUCUAUGUAAUGCUUUUGAGGCAGCCUCCCUCACAGUCGCCGGCCGACGGAGUCAAAACCGAAGCAUCGAGGUUGCGGGACAUUCACGCUACGUCCGAACUCUGCGGCAGCUGCAAAAAGCCCUGUAUGAUCCGAAGGAUAGCAAAUCCACCGAAGUCCUCGUUGUAGUGUUGCUGGCAACCAUUGUUGAGGCAUUCAAGCAAACGGCGAAAGACUCAAUCUUUCGACAUCAGGUGGGCGGUUUGGCACUACUUCGCAGUCGCACGCCAUUCCGACAUCGUUAUGGACUCGAGCGAUCGUUAUUUGUGGACCUUCGUUUGUACUGGGUCACAGCUGCACUCGUCCAACGGCAGCCGACGUUUAUGGCCUCGAAAGAAUGGUUGACAGUUCCUUGGGCCGGGAUUGCGCCCGCAAAGGACAUCUUACAUCGACUCUUAGACGUCGCAGUUGACAUUCCAGAGUAUCUAUCUCGGGUCGAUGAAUUCUCAGCACGGUUACUGGCGGAUGACAUCCCGCCCGCAGACCUCGCAGUCAGUCAAAGCCAACUUUGGGAGCAAGCCUCGGAACUGCAAAACCGACUGCACGCCUGGAAGACUGUAUACGCCGAUACCUACCCACCGGGAACGCCGCUCGAGGAUUUCGACAGUCCCUCCCCCGACGAAUUCCCGGUUUUCCGCUGGCGCAACUCGCUUACGCUGCAGACCCUACCAGCAAAGAUUCUCAUCUUCCCUGACAUCCUAAUGGCCACCUCCCUCUGCUUCUACUGGGCCUUGAGCCUGGUUAUCUCCGGCACCGAUGGCGGGCUUAUCAGCGUUCUUAGCCUGCAAGAGCGCUACCAGUUCGGGUGUAACAUCUGCCGCAGCAUGAAGUACUACAUCCAAAACAUCCCGGGGUGUCUCGUCUCGCGCAUCAUGUUCGUUCUGCGCGCCGCAUUUGACAGCUUCGCCGACGGCAUGGUUGAGAAGGAGUUCAUGAGAGACUUAUUCCAGCAUAUUGGGAAGCGGUUCAACUUUCCAGUGUUCACGAACGAGUGUACUUCUUCGUCGGUGCGAGCGGUGCCCGACUGACAUCAGCCUUUCUUCUUCUAUUUUUUUUUCUCUUUUCCAAUUGGCUUUUUGCUUUUUUUAAUUUCCUUCUAUUCCCGUUCGAAGCGAUCCACUUGCGGGCCCGGUCUGUGCUGUCCUUGGCGAAUGCGGAGUUUUUUAUCAUUGGUGUAUAAACCUUGAUCUACCGUCCGAGGCGAUCAUCCCAUUAAUGUCCAUUUUAUUACCUACGUCACUAAUCAGUGUUGUCACAAUCGGUCUCUUGGUAGACUUUUGUGUAUUAUCUACUUGUACAUAAUUAUAUUUUCGGGUUAUUAUGCCAUUAUUCAAG